GGAGCUGACGGCGCAUUAAUGAGACACUGGCCGGUUAGAGUUACAGGGAUGCAGUUUUAACCCAUAUUUCCCAACCCGCUCUUCUCAGGCUUGAUCUAAGGACUUGAACGCACCACAAACUGGAGACAAAUUCACCCUUUUUUUUAAACAUUUUUUUGAGUACAAACUUUUAGUGGAUUAAUUUAUUCUCAAGAAGAAGAAGAAGAAGAAGAAGAAGAAGAAGAAGAAGAAGAAAAUGCGCUUGGAACGAUUUCGCGUAAAGACGCCGGGGAUGGCAGCCCUCCUCGCCCGCUCUCUGCUUUGUAUAACGGGGCUGUUACUCACUGUUUCUCCGCCUGUCUGCGAGGCGUUCAACUUGGACGUGGAGAACCCAGCUGUUUACAGCGGACCCGCAGGGAGCUACUUCGGAUAUGCUGUUGACUUUUAUUUGGCUGAUUCCUCCAGUGUGAGUGUGGUGAUCGGAGCUCCCAAAGCCAACACGAGGCAGGUCAACGUUACGGAGGGAGGAUCCGUCUUCUACUGUCCGUGGAGCCUCAGCCAAACGGACUGUCACGACAUUGAGUUUGAUGUCGAAGGGGAUCGAACCGUCUUGCUGAACGAAACAGACCAUCAGAUCGAUUUCAAGUCCCACCAGUGGUUCGGCGCCACUGUGCGUUCACACGGUGACACAAUUCUGGCCUGCGCCCCGCUCUACUCUUGGCGGACCGAAAAGGACAUCCCCCGUUCUGACGCGACAGGAACCUGCUACCUCUCAGCCCGUAAUUUUACCAAGUUUGUCGAGUACGCUCCCUGCCGCACAGAGAUCAGUGAUGCGGUGGGACAAGGUUACUGUCAGGGAGGAUUCAGCGCUGACUUCACAACGGAUGGCAAAGUGGUGCUGGGAGGGCCGGGGAGCUACUUCUGGCAGGGUCAGGUGAUCUCUGCACCUAAGGAGGACAUCAUCAAGUCGUACUACCCAGGCUUUUUCAUGCAGUCUGUGGAGCGUCAGAUCCAGACCAAACAGGUCCGGGCUGUACAUGACGACAGCUAUCAAGGCUACUCUGUCGCUGCUGGGGAAUUCAGUGGUGAUCAGGUGGAGGAUUUUGUGGCCGGCGUUCCAAAAGGACUCAUGCUUUACGGUUCGGUGUCCGUUCUGAACGGUUCGGAUCUGAAGACCAUGAUUAACUACACCGGCGAGCAGAUGGGAUCUUAUUUCGGCUACGCAGUGGCGACGACAGACAUCAACAGUGACGGGAUGACCGACCUGCUGGUGGGAGCUCCCAUGUUCAUGGUCCGAGGCUCCGAUGGCCGCCUGGAAGAGAUGGGCCGCGUCUACGUUUACCUACAGCGAGGCCCCCUGAACCUGGAGCUCCGCCCACCUCACCUGACAGGCACCCAGGUGUUUGGGAGAUUUGGCAGCACCAUUGCACCACUGGGAGAUCUGAACCAGGACGGGUUCAAUGACGUGGCUAUCAGCUGUCCGUUUGGAGGGGAGGAUCAGCAGGGACUGGUCUACAUCUUCAACGGGCACUCAGAAGGACUCAGGGAAAAACCAUCUCAGGUGAUCACCGGCCAGUGGGCUGCCGGUACGAUUCCUGCCAGCUUUGGAUUUGCCCUCCGAGGUGCUAAGGAUCUGGACAGGAAUGGAUACCCAGAUCUCAUAGUCGGUGCCUUCGGUGUUGAUAAGGCUGUUCUCUAUAGAUCGCGCCCGAUUGUCAACGCCAGGGGCCAUCUGACAGUUUCCCCGACCAUGAUCAACCCCGAAGAGAAGAACUGCGUGGUCACCAGCGGAAACACGACCAUUCCUGUUUCCUGCGUCAACCUGAGUUUCUGCAUAUCUGCCGAUGGGAAGCACCUCCCAGACGUCCUAGAUUUCCAGGUGGAGGUGCAGCUCGACAGUCACAAGCACAAGCAGAAAGGUGCCGUGAAGAGGGCUUUGUUCUUGGAUUCCCAGCAGCCUUUGCUCCAGAUGAGUGUGAUGGUGCGGCAUGGCGACCGUGUGUGCAGGAACACAAAGAUCUACCUACGAGAUGAGAAAGAGUUCAGGGAUAAACUCUCCUCCAUUUAUGUGGCCUUGAACUUCAGCUUGGAUCCAGAAGCUGCAGCUGACUCCCACGGGCUGCGGCCUAUCCUCAACUAUCAGACCACCAGCGUGAUCGAGCAGAAGGCUCAGAUUCUGUUGGACUGUGGCGAGGACAACAUCUGUGUCCCCGACCUGAAGCUGGCAGUCCACGGGAACAGGAAGGAAGUUUACCUGGGCGAUGACAACUCGCUAACCUUGACUUUCAACGCCAGGAACGAGGGUGAGGGAGGGGCGUACGAGGCGGAGCUGUACGUGGUGCUCCCCCCUGAAGCUGACUACAGCGGUAUUUACCGCAAUAAUGAGAGCCUGACCCAGCUGACCUGCAGCUACGAGUCCGAGAACCAGACCCGAUACCUCAGCUGUGACUUGGGCAACCCAAUGAAGUCUGGUACCAAUCUGUGGGCGGGUCUUCGCUUCACGGUGCCGCGGCUGAAGGACACGCACAAGACGGUUCAGUUUGAGCUGCAGAUCCGCAGUAAAAAUGAGAACAAUUCCCACAGCGAGGUCGUUCCCUACAAGCUGGAGGUGGUUGUUCAGGCUGAUGUCAUCCUGCAGGGCGUGUCUCGACCAGAUAAGGUCUUCUUCCCGCCGGCCAACUGGAAGGUGACCAAAAACUACGAGGUGGAGCAGGACGUCGGGCCUGCGGUGGAACACAUCUAUGAGCUGGUGAACAACGGGCCCAGUCGGAUCAGCCACACCCGGCUCGAGCUGCGCUGCCCCCUCAGCGUCCAGGGUCAAACCCUCCUCUACCCCCUGGAGUUUUCCACGGAGGGCCCCAUUAACUGCACCUCGGACAAACACAUGAACCACCAUCGGCUCAAACUCCAGCGGACGUCCACGGAACCACCCAUCCUGGCGCUGAAGGCCAACGAGCACCACGUCGAGAGGAGGGACGUCCACAGGAAUCAGCUCGCCCACUUGACUAACCUGUCCUGUUCCAAUUCCGAGUGCUGGACGAUCGACUGCAACGUGGGUCUGCUGGAGAAGGGAACCACCGCCGUCCUUAAAGUUCGCUCCAGAGUCUGGGCCGAGACCUUCAUCGAGAGAUCCUACAAGCAGUACGUGCUGGAGUGCCUGGCCGCGUACAUUGUGGAGAAGAUGCCUUACGCCAUCCUCCCCAGACACUCUCCCAGCGGACACAAAAAGGUGGUGACGCCAGUGGUGUGGAACAAGCCCGAUAUCGAAAACUCGGUUCCUCUGUGGAUCAUCAUUCUGGCCAUCCUGGCUGGUUUACUGCUUCUGGCUCUGCUCAUCUACGUCUUAUACAAGUUCGGCUUCUUCAAGCGAUCUCUACCGUACGGCACCGCCAUGGAGAAAGCACAGCUCAAACCGCAGGCCGCGUCUGAAGCCUAGACGAACCUCCGGAGCCGCCAGAACACCCAGUUACAUACACGGCCGUAUGAUUGCAAAAAAAAAGAAAAAAAAAAAAGAAAGGAGAAAUGCGGAUGGAUCAUGUAGAGCGGAUCAGAAAAAGAGCAGAGACCACUGGAACUCCACUGUGCUGCACUAGAUGAAGACAAAAAAAAAAUCCAAAGAUCUCCACGCCAAAUGAAUGUUGUUGUUUUUUUGUUUUUUUUUUAAUUUAUGUCGUGUUUGUUGGCAGGUUGGGACUAUUACCAGAAAAAAAAAAAGAGAGACUGGCAAGAAAGUGACUGCAGAAGGCUGCCGUUAGUCUUUUCGAUGCAGUGAGAUGCCUGUUGAGUUUUCCUCUCGUGGAUUCUCGUGAUGGAGGCUUCUGUCUCACCCCUAACUGCUUUAUUCUGGUGCUAAUGAUGAUUUUUCACGAUGUGUUGAUGUCCACAUGUAGCGUGCGACAGCCAGGAGCUGUGAAUUAUGCUGCAGCCUCAAAGUAUUCUUCUAGAAUCUCCUGAACACAUUUGUUUUUUUGUUUUUUUCCAAAGAUCAGUGGCUACAGCGAAGACAAUAAUACCUGCUAGAUGUUGAAAUCUAUUUAAUAGACUCAGCUUUUAUCACAAAAUUGCAACACAAUCUAAACCUGGUCUGUCAGAGGUGUUCCCCAAUUAUUCUUUUUUUCUCCUGAUGCAUGCUGGGAUAGGCUAAACUCAGCAUUAGUGGGCGUAGAAGGAAAAAAAAAAAGCAUGGAUGGAUGUUUCUCAACUGUUCAUGGAAAAAAAAAAAAGAUCUCUCUCUGCCUCAGGUUGGUGGACAGCGCUGGGUUGAGUUGAGUUGUGUUUUUUUUUUUUUUUUUUUUUUUUUGCACUCAAAGGAAAUCUACUGAUUCUAAUUCCAAAGACACCUACAGACUGACUGACUGACCUUCCUUUGAGUUCUGAUUUUUUUUGACUCCUACUGAUCACUUUUUGUUUGAAUCCUGUUUAGUUUCAUGUUCAGAGUUCGCCGGCGUCGUCGUUGUUGUGUAGUCGACUGGGAUUGGGACUGGAACCACCGCAGACCUGUGAAAAAAACAAACAAAAAACCAAACCCCUCACAUCAGGUUUGAAGCGGCGUGGUGCUUCUGUCGCAAAAAGAGAAAAGUGGCGUUACUCCUAAAGAGUUAUCACUCUUCGCUCCUGGGUUCAUACAUCGAGGAGACGAUUUCCAAGCAGAUAACGCCAAAGAGUUAAAGUCGUAACGAACCAAAGACGGGACGAUCAGCAAUGUUGUAGCCUUGACGGAGAGUUUGAAUCCAUGUUUCUCAGCUCACAGCGUGCGUGUUACUGUGAGAUACUGUAUUUUUUUUGAUUGUCUUUUGAGUCGAAGCUGCACACGUGCAGAAAAAGAGAAGUGGCUGAAGUCAUCCCACUACCGAAAAAAAGACUACAGGGACUGAACGUUGUGUUGGUUUCUUUUAGUUUGUCGUGUACAUAGAUUUUUUUGUUUUUAACGUGCCUUAAAUGUAAAUACGUAAUGUCUGUGGGUUUGAGUGAGGGCUUGCGUGUAUAUAUGUGUGGUUUCAUGCGUACAUGCAUUUGUGUGAAUGGAAUAUUUAUGAAUGCUUGUUCUGUGUAUGAAUCGGUUAUUACCUUUCCCACUGCUUAGUCACGUUCAUCCCCGUCACCUCUGUAGCUCGAGAUCAUCGAGGUUAAGCCGUUCUGCACGACUAGUAGUCGUGAUGGCAUCGAUUCAGUCGGUAUUCAGGAUUGUUUUUAAGGUGCAGUGUGUAGGAUUAACGAGGAUCCAUUGCUAGAAAUUGAAGACAAUAUUCAUAAUGAUGCUUUUAUCAGUGUGUCAUCACCUGAAACUGAAAAUCUUUUUGUUUAUGUUAUCUUAAAAUGAGCUUAGUUGUCCCAUAAAGUCGUCAGUUACUUGUAGAUAAUCCACCAAAUGACUAUGAACAAGCUUGCCCGAGCUGGAAAUCACUCGACUGCUUUCUUGCAGGGACAUCAGGAGUAUUUCCUUCUCUACAUACAUUAAUUUCACGACAUACAAACUGAUUACAAAUACAUAUUUAUCAACAAUUUAAAUGCCUGUGGAGGAGGGUGAGACCUCACAGCCAGACGAUCCUACACACUGGACCUUCACAUGCAAGGCAGUGAUUAAAAUACUUAAAACCUCAGUGGAUAUAUGCAACAAAAAUAGAUAAAUAAAUAAAGUGACUAAGGCUGCCGUCCAGAUUUUGCAUCCAACAGGAUGUUUUGUACCUCUAACAAAAGGGAUAACAACUAGGCACUGGGAACUACAUGUCGUUUGGAAGUGCAAUAUUUAUAUUCACUCUUUUAUUUUUGUUGUUUUUAUUUUUACAGUGCUUUUCUUUUUGUUUUCAUGUUUUUAUUUGUGACUGCGUUGUGAUGAAUCAGAACUUUUUUUCAGUGUAUGUGUGAGAAGCACAAAGUCCAAAUCCUUUGUGAGUUUCUGGCUUUUCACUUUUUCACCUGCUUUUAAAUUCUUCACUAAAGUGUGAAACUUUAAAAGAUAAAAAAGAAAAAAAAAAAAAAAGGCUUGUUCCACUUCAGAUUUGCUCGCCACUUCAUUGCUGGACCACUUUUUUUUUUUAUUGUGUGUGUGUUUUUAUACCACAGAAACACAAACCGGCAGAACAUAUCGGAGUUGAACUUGGGUAUGUCGACACCGUUUGAUAAUUUAUGUGCUCUGUUGUCGCACCUGUCCAAACACCAACAUUACACAACUGUGUGUUUCACGUCUGUUCGCCUCUUCACACUCUCUUCUACUCUUAUCGGACAGAGAUUUACUAUUCGUCAAACAAGUCCGCAAAAAAAAUCCCCGUUUGGUUUGUAUGAAAAAAAUUCUUUACUGAACACGUUGACCCAUUAUUUAUAACGGCACGGGAUCAUUUUACUACUUCCUCCACAGUUACAUCCGGAGAAGAAGGCACUGGGUUUCUUUUUCUUUUUUU